UGUCUCCACCGUGGCCAACCAGGCCUUCUGCAGAGCCAGCCACUUCUGCCUUUGGAAAGUGUUUCACAAUGCCCCACAUUUGUGAGGCCAGUGAGCUCAGCUGAGGAUGGGUCGAGGGUGUGGGCUCACACACUCACAUGCACCAGCACCCAGACAGGGAGCACAGGCCGAGGAGCUGCCGGGCACACGGGGCCCACGCAGAGAGUGCCAGAGCCCGCCGUCCUCAUGACAGGUGACAGUGGAGCCCCAAGGCUAAGCAGGCCCAGCUAUGGCUCCAUCUCCAGCUCACCCAGCCCAGGGCCACAGCAAGCACCUCCCGGAGGGACCUACCUGAGUGAGAAGAUCCCCAUCCCGGACACGGAACAGGGCACGUUCAGCCUUCGGAAGCUAUGGGCCUUCACUGGGCCGGGCUUCCUCAUGAGCAUCGCUUUCCUGGAUCCAGGAAACAUCGAGUCGGAUCUUCAGGCUGGCGCUGCGGCUGGAUUCAAACUGCUCUGGGUGCUGCUGUGGGCCACAGUGUUGGGUUUACUCUGCCAGCGACUUGCUGCCCGGCUGGGCGUGGUGACAGGAAAGGACUUGGGCGAGGUCUGUCAUCUCUACUACCCUAAGCUGCCCCGCACCAUCCUCUGGCUGACCAUCGAGCUGGCCAUCGUGGGCUCGGACAUGCAGGAGGUCAUCGGCACCGCGAUUGCAUUCAAUCUGCUCUCAGCUGGACGAAUCCCACUCUGGGGUGGCGUGCUCAUCACCAUCGUGGACACUUUCUUCUUCCUCUUCCUCGAUAAUUACGGGCUGAGGAAGCUGGAAGCCUUUUUUGGAUGCCUUAUUACCAUCAUGGCCUUGACCUUCGGCUACGAGUACGUGGUGGCCCGUCCCGCUCAGGGGCCGCUUCUCCGAGGCCUGUUUCUGCCCUCCUGCCCCGGCUGCGGCCACCCCGAGCUCCUGCAGGCCGUGGGCAUCGUCGGCGCCAUCAUCAUGCCGCACAACAUCUACCUGCACUCGGCGCUGGUCAAGUCUCGAGAGAUAGACCGGUCCCGCCGGGCGGACAUCCGAGAAGCCAACAUGUACUUCCUGAUCGAGGCCACCAUCGCCCUGUCCGUCUCCUUCUUGAUCAACCUCUUCGUUGUGGCCGUCUUUGGGCAGGCCUUCUACCAGCAGACCAACCAGGCUGUGUUCAACAUCUGUGCCAAGAGCAGCCUCCACGACUACGCCAAGAUCUUCCCCAGGAACAACCUGACCGUGGCCGUGGACAUUUACCAGGGAGGCGUGAUCCUGGGCUGCCUCUUCGGCCCCGCUGCGCUCUACAUCUGGGCCGUGGGUCUCCUGGCGGCCGGGCAGAGCUCCACCAUGACCGGCACCUACGCGGGACAGUUCGUGAUGGAGGGCUUCCUGAAGCUGCGGUGGUCACGCUUCGCCCGCGUCCUCCUCACUCGCUCCUGCGCCAUCCUGCCCACCGUGCUCGUGGCCGUCUUCAGGGACGUGAGAGACCUGUCAGGCCUCAACGACCUGCUCAACGUGCUGCAGAGCUUGCUGCUUCCCUUCGCUGUGCUGCCCAUCCUCACCUUUACCAGCAUGCCCGCCAUCAUGCAGGAGUUUGCCAAUGGCCUGCUGAGUAAGAUCGUCACUUCCUUCAUCAUGGCGCUGGUCUGUGCCAUCAAUCUCUACUUCGUGGUCAGCUACCUGCCCAGCCUCCCCCACCCCGCCUACUUCGGCCUCGUAGCCCUGCUGGCCGCGGCCUACCUGUGCCUCACCACCUACCUGGUCUGGACCUGUUCAAUCGCCCACGGAGCCACCCUUCUGGCCCACAGCUCCCACCAGCGCUUCUUGUACGGGCUUCCUGAAGAGCAGCCAGAGCCCUCCGGAUGAACUCCCACCCCGGGGCCUGGCUGCUGGUGGCAUGAGUGGGUGGCAUGGGUGCGGCAGACUGGGUGCUGGAUGGGGGGCGGGGGGAGGCGGGGGUGGAGGCAGCAAGACGGCGUGGAGCAGCCUGGGUUCCACAGAGACCUGCUGUUUCCUAGUUCGGACAACUGAUUAACCUCUGGGUUUCAAUGUCCUCAUCUGUAAAAUGGGGACACCACCAAUCCUGCAAUGGAUGUAAAGCACUUUAACACAGUACGUGGCA